AUGGUGAGGCCCAUUGUAUUUAAUGGCAGUGUAAAAAUUGACGAAAGUGUCGACAAGUAUGACAUAAAAAGAGUUGGCGACAGUGACUCCUUAUCAAAUAUAAAAGAAAAAGAUAUUAUUAGAAAUGCUGAGGAGAGUGAAAGAAACAUUUCAAAUUUAAGCAUAGAAACAAUGAACAACGGUUUGAUGAAAAGUGAAAAGAAGGUGGUACAUCAUCACCCACCUGUAGGAAGUAGAAGCAACAACAGUAAUAAUUAUAAUGAUAAUAUUUAUAAUUGUAAUUAUAAUAAUAAUGCUACCGAUGAGAGUCGAGGCAAAAAGUACCGCUUAAGGCAGACAACUAUUGAUGUUACUCUCAACACAGGUAGUAACAUCCUCUCCAUUAGUAGCUCUGGGAAUGUGAAAAGUGAGCAUAGAAAAGAUAACAAUGAAGGGAAUUCUUUAUUUUACUCUAAUAAAUGUAAAAAGGUGCACUACAGUGAAAAUAGUAGUAACGACGUUAAGAAACAAAGAAAAAGUCGCUUGAACGAGGGAUGCGAAGGGGAGAAGAUGGAAGUACACGAAAAGGUAAAUGAAGAAGAUGAAGACGAACAUGAAGACGAAGAUGAAGACGAACAUGAAGACGAACACGAAGAAGAAAAAGAUAAAGAUGAACAUAAAGAAGAAGGAGGUAUGCAAAAUAACAAAUGUAACGAAUAUUUUGAUCGAGAUAACAAUGUGAGGGCAGGUAGCAACCCCGAAAUAGUAAAAAAGCAAAUUUCUGAUAUAAGUAAUAAUAUUUACAAUAUAUUACUUGCAUCAAAUAUACCCAAAAACGAUAUUUUAAAAAGAACAUACAGAAGAUUUGCCAAAACAUUUUUAUUCUUAACUGAAGGUUACAUAGCCGAUAUAGAAAAAUUAAUUGAAAAAUCUAUAUAUAAAAGAAAAUAUAAAAAUAAAUCCGUAAUAAAAAUAACAAGUAUUCGUGUAUACUCGUUAUGUAAACAUCAUUUACUACCAUUUGAAGGAAACUGUGAUAUUGAAUAUGUACCAAAUAAAUAUAUUUUAGGAUUAUCCAAGUUUUCUAGAAUAGUUGAUGUUUUUUCUAGAAGACUACAGUUACAAGAAGAUCUGACCAAUGAUAUUUGCAGUGCUUUAAAGAAAUAUUUAAAACCUUUAAGUAUUCAUGUUACUAUCGUAGCUAAACAUAUGUGUGUUAGUAUGCGUGGAGUGAAGGAACAUGAUGCAAGGACCGUCACUCAAGCAUAUUAUCAAAGUAAAAAUAGCACUAAUGUUAAAAAUGUAAAUAUAAACAAUUCUGCUAAAAAGGAGAGUAAUGCUACCUGCGACGACAUUACCAAGGAAAAUUAA